AUGGCUUCUCUUGCUCCAUCCCUCAAGAGGGCACAUGCCCCUCUUCGCAAGGCGCUGAGCGCUACGCCUACACUUCGAACCUUCGCCACUGUACCUCCGAGUGGCAGCGAGCCCGGCAAACCUCGACGAAAGAGUUAUUUCAAGGACACAGCAGUCUCAGACUUCUCCGAUUUCCUUGCGACGUCGUCUCCAGCCCAGCCACUGUCUCCAGCAGAGGCUUACUCUCUGAAGACCGCCGAAGUCGGCCCUGAGGGCAAGAAGCGAACCAUCACACGACUGCCAGAAUGGCUCAAGACACCGAUCCCCGCCGGUAACGAUAACUUCAAGAGCAUCAAGAAGGAUCUACGAGGAUUGGGAUUACACACCGUCUGCGAGGAGGCUCGAUGUCCCAACAUUUCAGAAUGUUGGGGCGGUUCAGAUAAGAAUGCUGCGACAGCUACGAUUAUGCUUAUGGGCGACACAUGCACCAGAGGAUGCCGUUUCUGCAGUGUAAAGACAAAUCGCAAUCCUGCUGCAUUGGAUCCCCACGAGCCCGAGAACACCGCAGAAGCCCUGGCCAGGUGGGGUCUUGGCUAUGUCGUGCUGACCAGCGUGGACCGUGACGAUUUGGCAGACGGUGGUGCGAAACAUUUUGCUGAGACAAUCCGAAGGAUUAAGCAGAAGAAGCCUUCAUUGCUCGUUGAAGCUUUGACUGGCGAUUUCCGAGGAGACUUGGAUAUGGUCAAGGUCGUGGCUGAGAGUGGACUUGACGUUUAUGCGCAUAAUGUUGAGACCGUUGAGGACCUCACUCCCUAUGUGCGAGACCGCAGAGCUACUUUCAGACAGAGCUUGUCUGUGUUGAAGCAUGUCAAGGAUGUUAUGGGCAAGGACGGUCCUAUUACUAAGACCAGUCUGAUGCUUGGUCUUGGCGAGCAGGAACAUGAGAUCAUGGCUGCGCUAGAGGAACUUCGAAAGGCUGAUGUUGAUGUUGUCACAUUCGGUCAGUACAUGCGACCUACAAAACGUCAUCUGAAGGUCGAGAAGUACGUGACCCCUGAUGAGUUCGAGAUGUGGCGCAAGCGAGCUCUGGACAUGGGUUUCCUGUACUGUGCCAGUGGACCUCUCGUGCGUUCUUCAUACAAGGCUGGUGAAGCCUUCAUCGAGAACGUCUUGCGCAAGCGCUCCGGGGAGAAGGCUAUGGCCAGUGGAAACCUUGGCCAAGCCGUUGCUCUCGACUCAACACAGUCGACGAUCUAA